CGCCUCUUCCUGCGCCGGGCGGGGGCGGGAGCGGCACCGGGACCGGAGCGGCGGCACCACCGGCAGCGGCAGCGGCGGGAGCGGAGCGCGGCUCUGCGCGGGGAGCAUGGAGAUGGAGAAGCGCUUGACGCUGGAGCUGCGCAACAAGAAGCCGGGCGAGGUGAAGGAGCUGGUCUUGGAUAACUGUCGCUCGGAGGACGGGAAGGUGGUUGGUCUCUCCUCGGACUUUGAGAACCUGGAGUUCCUCAGCAUGAUUAACAUCAACCUGCUGUCUGUGUCCAACCUCCCCAAACUCAACAAGCUCCGGAAGCUGGAGCUGAGUGAUAACAGGAUUUCUGGUGGCCUUGAAGUUCUAGCAGAGAAAACUCCCAACCUGACACACUUGAAUCUCAGUGGCAACAAGAUCAAAGACAUCAAUACGCUGGAGCCCUUGAAAAAGCUGCCCAACCUCCACAGUCUGGACCUCUUCAACUGCGAGGUGACGAUGCUCAUCAACUACCGGGAGAGCGUGUUCGCCCUCCUGCCCCAGCUCACCUACCUGGAUGGCUUUGAUGCUGACGAGCAGGAAGCCCCUGACUCAGACCCUGAAGCAGAUGGGGAUGCACUGGAAGAUGAGUAUGAGAAUGGGGAAGAAGGUGAGGAAGAGGACGAUGAUGAAGAGGAAGAUGAUUUGGAUGAAGAAGUCAUUGAUGAUGAAGAAGAUGAAGAUGAUGACCUGGAAGGUGAAGAGGAGGAGGAUGGAGUAGAUGAUGAGGAGGAAGAUGAGGAGGAAGAUGGUGAGGAGGAUGAAGAGGAUGAAGCUGAAGAUGACCAUCCGUGUGGGCAGAAGAGAAAACGAAGUCUAGAGGAUGAAGGAGAGGAAGACCCAGAGGACGAAGAGGACGAUGAGGAUGACUGAGCCCAGCGAGCCAAUCAGUUUUACAGACUCUGACUGUGCUUGUCUUAAACCUCCCCGUUGUGUCUAUGUGAGACUGUAAAUCCCCAUCUCCCACUCCUCCUCCUCCCCCCUUUGUAUGGCUGCAGCGUCCACAAUAUAUUUUUUUAAGAUUUAGAAUACUGUAGGCAUUCAGGGGAAUCUUCCAUACAAGGCUCACUUUUUCUCACAAGUUAUCUCAUGACCAAAGGCUUUUCUCCGUUCGGUGGUUUGUGCAGCAGCUUGCAAAAAAAAAAACAAAAAAAAAAAAAAAAGAACAAAAAAUCCAAAAGAAAAAAAAAAAGAGAAAAAAAUCUCCUCCUUAGGGUAUCUUUGUGUCCCAAAUCAGCUGUGCCACACUGGAUCCAGAGCUCCAGCUCAUACCCAGCCAGCACUGAAGGUCUUUGCCAUCCCUCAGACCAGCUCUCUGAAGACUCUUGAGCCACCUUGGGUGGAGAAUCUGGUUCAUCUCCGUGGACUCGAAGUGAAAAUGAUCCCUGAGGGUGUCUGAUCUGAAAUCAUGGUGAUGUGAUCUCUGGACAUGCUUGAAGAUGCUUUAGUGCUGGGGAUGUGGGGUUUUGGGGAGGGGAGGGGGGGCUGCUUGCAUGACCUGGUACCUCUGACCAUGCACCUUGCAGUAGCCCUGCACUUGCUUUCCUAUUUUAUUUGAUAAACUGGAAUAUUUUUCCCAGUGGCCACCUAAUAUAUACCAGGUGGGUCAGGUUUUUGCCUUUGCCGUGGUGAGGCUCCUCCAGGGCAGCCUUUGGGAAGGGAUAGGAAAUCCAGGUGAAGGGAUACUGCACUUCCAUCAGACUCCAUUUUUCACUGUACAGAACAGCCACUAUCACUGUGAUGCUCCUAACUCGGCGUUCCCCGGAGACCGUGUUAGCCUGUGAAUUCUCAGGGUCCUUCUGCCAGCCAGUGCCAGCUCUGGACAGCCUGGCAUUGCAUCCUCCUCCUCCCUUCCCAGCACGGAGCAGAAUUCCAGCUCUCCCCUCAGUGGGGCCUGUGUCCCUUCACCCCAUGGGCGCUGGAAGGAGGAUUUGGGGGAUCCAGCCAGGAGCAUUCCCAACCCCAUUCCCACCUUCCCUGUUCCUGGAGGUGUCCAGCCAGCACAUCCCUUGGGAGAACUGGCUCUUUGGCACCCAGGGGGGUCCCUGCUGGGUGCUGGGGGGGUGGGGGUCACUGCUGUCCUGCUGUCGGGGCUCCCGCGGGUGCAGACAUGCACUGGCACUUUGUGGCAUUCCCGGUGGGUGCUCCGGGCCAUCCCGAGACUCCAGCCCUUCUUCCCUCAGAGGAGUGGUGUGUGUUGCAGCACAUCCCAUUGCUCUUUGUUCUCGCUGUUGUCUCUUGCAUUGUACAGUCGCUGUAACCAUUCGGAGAAGAACUAAUCCUGUAAAAUGCAAACUGAGUAACUUAUAAAUGUUUUAAGGAAUUUUUAAAAAAAGAAACGUCAGAGCAGCAGUUCUAAUUUUUUUUUCCCUGCAUUUUUAGCAGAUUGUAUGGAUUUUAUAUUAGCCUAGUAACUGUCAGGUUUUGAUUGGUCAGACUAGUCCCAGAAAUAAGGAUCUCCAGCCCUUUUGUAUCUUUUGUUACAAAAUUUGGAUAAAACUUUAAUAAAGACUUCAGUUUUUAAAAAUC